CCCAGGGAUGAUUAAGAAUUUUACCGUCAUCGUAUUGUCCGCCACAGAAGUGUACGCAGAAUGGGUUGGCGCUGACUCUCCUGUGUGCUGUCCAGUCCUAGCUUACACACUUCACUACCGCAAGAUUGGGGGCUUAUCAAACGAAGAGAAGAAGAUUGUGACAGGGACUUCAUGGAAGCUGAAAGAUUUGGAUGUUUAUUCCGAGUACGAGUUUUACAUAAAAGCCUAUGCUAAAGAGGGUGCUGGGAAGGAAUCUAGAAAAAUACGUGUGACGACAAUGGAAUCAGUGCCUUCUGUGGCUCCGAAGAUUGAGACAACGAGCACAUCCCCUACAAACAUCCAAGUGACUUGGAGUGAACUUCCGCGGGAGCUUAGCAACGGGAUUAUAACCAGGCAUCGGAUAUAUUAUAAAACGCGCUCAUCACAGCCCAUGGUCAUAGAGGUCACCUCGAACGUCACUAGCUACAUGAUUACAGGUCUGAGAUCCGACACAGACUACUUCCUGUUGGUGUUGGCCGGAACUGACGUGGGCUAUCCUCCUCUCGGGGAUGACCUCCUGAGCUGGUCCCUACACCAUACUCCCAGUAUAGAUCUAGAGUUACCUGCCCCUGAACUCGAGGUUAUGAUGGUAAACAACAACACUGUACGUUUUUUGUGGAGUCUCGGUAAUGUUUCUGAGCCUGUAUUUGGCUAUCGUCUCUCCAUACACAAGAUUUUAGAACAGGAUGGAGUGACUGCCGAGGUCACUGAGGUCAACGCCACAACAACAACUUAUUACAAGUCCGGGCUUGAGCCAGAAAAGUUCUAUGAAGCAGUACUGAUGGUGCUCGGCACCAACAACAAGGUCGUGGGCCUGGUUACACUACUGUUUCAGACGCACAAUCCUAACAUGCCAGCCUUGCCCCCUCCCCCUGUAGACCUUGAGCCCCACCCCCUCUCCUCCACCACUGUCUCACUUUCCUGGCGCCCACCUCGCACCCCGCAGGAGAUCAGCUUCUAUACAGUCCAGUACAGUACCGCCAACAAUAGCCAAAAAGUUACCGUUCGGAGUGAUCUACCAAGUAUUGUCCUUGAUAACCUUGAAGCUUUCACAUGGUACAAUCUGUCUGUCCGUUCCCACACCAAAGUCCUUUAUGGCCCCUACAGUAGCCCGGUCCUAGUUCGGACGAAGGAGGGAGUUCCCACGGCCCCCGGAAACAUCCAGAUCAAGUCAUUGGCUAAGGAUAAAGUGCGUCUGAGUUGGACAGCUCCCUCCAAGGUCAACGGAGAAAUUGUAUCUUACGUGAUCCUGUACAAUCGCGAACCUGGCCACAGCGAUGACCUCUGGACCUCAGUUAGCAAAAAUGGGAGUUCCACUUCAGCAGUAAUUCGGGACCUGUCCGAUGACACGUACUACUUUAAGUUGAAGGCCUGUACUCGAGCAGGAUCAGGACCUUCCUCCCCCGUUAUACAAGUCAUCCUGAAGGGUUGUUCUCUCGACUGUAGCCCUGACAGUCCACCCAAAAACCAGCAUACAGGCACAGAGUCGCCCCUGGGCGUAGUUCCGGACCAAAAACUAGGGAUCAUCAUUGGAUGCUCGGUUGGUCUGUCCAGCAUUAUCAUCUGUAUAAUUGUCAUCCUGCUCAAACAAAGGCAUUACUCACGUCUAGCCCAGCGCCAGGCUAGUCAUCACGUUCAUCAAAAUGGCCAUGUCGUAACGGGCCAUUCUCCCAAAAUUAACGACGACAGCAUGCCAAUGUUACAGGAAAAUAUCCACAGCGACAGCAAGGGGCCAGGGAACGGGACACUGUUCUUGGGAAAUGGACGUGUUAUCUACAUUUGUAGUAAUGGUAACACUAAUGGGAAGCUACGAGCUGUAGUAGCGGAGCCUCACAGGCAACCUAACGGUACAACACAGAUGCCGGAGCAGGCGUUAUUACUUGGUGACACAGACAGAAACCAUCUCACCUUUGACCCCAGAAACAACCUUUUGUCUGAGUCAGGCUGUGACCUGACUAGAAACCAGUGUUCGAGGGAUCCUCAGUAUGAUAAUGACCCAUCAGUGACCUAUGACCCUGGUCUAGAGAGCAUAAGUCGCAGCCAAACGGGCUCCCCGAGCAGCACUACAGAUAACUCCCCUAAUCCUAUCAGGGCGUGUUCAUCUAAUUCUGCGAAUACGGAGAAAAAUUCUCCGAAUUCUACCUCAGACUCCCAGACACUGUGUGCGAGGCAGUGGCCACCGGGUGGUGGACACACUGCUGUGGCAAUAGAGGGAGAUAACUCUGUUUCGGCCGCUGUUGAAAGUGACACUAAGAUAAACAAUAGCUGUGACAUGGGCUCUGAUUCAGAGGAUGAUCGUCAUAGCAACACGGGUGGUAAACUUAGCAGUGAUGAACUUCUGUUUCAGAUGUUCAAGUCGACAACGUCAAGCACAGAUCAAAAUGAUCACUUAGGGAGAGCCACCUCCUCUACCUCUGACCUGGCCAUGCAGCCAAGCAUGGGCCUACCUCACACACAUAGCUCAACUAACACAUCUCCCAGGGUGUGACAGGAGACCUUUCUCUCACCGAGUAGAACUUAUAACAGACCACUCCCUGGGUGUGAUGGGAGAUCUUCCUCUCACUGAGUAGGACCACUCCCAGGGUGUGACAGGAGACCUUACUCUCACUGAGUAGAACUAAUAACAGACCACUCCCAGGGUGUGACUGGAGAUCUUCCUCUCACUGAGUAGGACCACUCCCAGGGUGUGACAGGAGACCUUACUCUCACUGAGUAGAACUAAUAACAGACCACUCCCAGGGUGUGACUGGAUAUCUUCCUCUCACUGAGUAGAACUUAUAACAGACCACUCCCAGGGUGUGACAGGAGACCUUUCUCUCACUGAGUAGAACUAAUAACAGACCACUCCCAGGGUGUGACUGGAGAUCUUCCUCUCACUGAGUAGAACUUAUAACAGAUCACUCCCAGGGUGUGACAGGAGACCUUACUCUCACUGAGUAGAACUUAAAACAGACCACUCCCUGGGUGUGACGGGAGAUCUUCCUCUCACUGAGUAGAACGUAUAACAGACCACUCCCUGGGUGUGACGGGAGAUCUUCCUCUCACUGAGUAGAACUUAUAACAGACCACUCCCAGGGUGUUACGGGAAAUCUUCCUCUCACUGAGUAGAACUUAUAACAGACCACUCCCAGGGUGUUACGGGAAAUCUUCCUUUCACUGAGUAGAACUAAUAACAGACCACUCCCAGGGUGUGACAGGAGACCUUACUCUCACUGAGUAGAACUUAAAACAGACCACUCCCAGGGUGUGACGGGAGAUCUUCCUCUCACUGAGUAGAACUUAUAACAGACCACUCCCAGGGUGUGACUGGAGAUCGUCCUCUCACUGAGUAGAACUUAUAACAGACCACUCCCAGGGUGUGACUGGAGAUCUUCCUCUCACUGAGUAGAACUUAAAACAGACCACUCCCAGGGUGUGACGGGAGAUCUUCCUCUCAGGACUAGACUAGGAAAUCUAGUCACCUCUGGGACCUGUCUAGGAAAUUGACUCUCACAUCUGGCUAGGAAAUCGAGUCACCCCUUGGAACUAGCUAGGAAAUUGACUCACACCUGGGACAUGGCUAGGAAAUUGAGCAGGGAAAUUAACUGAUAUUUGUUACUCCUUAAUGAGUGAACAUAGUGGGCGUGUCAUUACGAGUCUUGGGCGUGGCCACACACCCACUAAAGGUCGGCCAUCAGGUUACAUAAUAUAUCAUUUAAAGUUUGUAUCAAUUUUAAAAUUGGUAAAUUGAUUUUUUUUGAGAAUUACCUCAUAUUUGUAACUGUACAUUUGGGUUUUUGUUUUUAUCAAGUUCAUACUUCGUACACUUGUUUACCAUGUCCACACUUACUGUGUUUGUAAGUGGGAAAAUUUGUAUAUUUACCGUAAAAUAUUGUUAGUGAAAAUAAUAAACACUUACCUACAAGGUAAGUGGGAAGCUCAGUUUACAUAUAUAAUUAACUUGUACAUUAAUCAUAUACUGCAUGAAAUGAACAUGUAGAACUAUUUAAAUGUCCGUUAAAUAGCAAGGCACUUAUUGUGUUCUAUUUCCGGUGAUUUAUUCAUACAUGUAAUUUAGGAAUAACUGGAUCUGAGAGGUUUUAUUGUAUAUUAAUGUACAUAAAAAUGUUGCCAUACCUCAGUGCUGUGACAUGGAGUUACCUGCCUUUAUUUAUUUGCCGCUAGUGGUAGUGUAAUAUCUAUGGUAAUGUUUGGCCCAUUUGUUUGAAGUUCUGAUAGUUCAGUAGUAUGUCUGGAAAAAAAAAUUACGUACAGUAAAAAUGGUAAGUUACCAAGUCAACUGUUGAAAUAAAUUGUUAACUAAGAUUUAUAAUAUUGUUAAAAUGAUUAAGAAUCACUCGAUAUGAGUGAGAAGGAUUUUAAAUUACUAAACAGAACAAUUAACAGGCGCAGAUCCAGGAAUUUGAAAAAGGGGGGUGGGGUCCAGUAAUUUAGAGGUAAUGCGAGUGCCAUAGGCGGGCCCGAUCUAAAUUUUUGGCGAGGGGUCUGGGGGCCAAAAUUUCGCAAAAUGAAAUGAUUAUAGCAAAUUUUGCAAUCUUUCGGGCAUAGGCGUUUUUUUUUUAAGGCUAUAAACAAAUUUUCCUCAUCCGAAAAAGGGGGGAGUCCUGACCCCCUGGGACAACCCCCCCUGGGACAACCCCCCCUCCCCUGGAUCCGCUAGUGAUUAACAUGCUGUCUGUAAAAACCUUGUUAAUUAUAAGCCCACCCAUUUUCAGUAGAACUACCAACAGUCAUAAUGCUAUAAUUUACCAAUAUCCCAGACUUGGGGUUGUUGGAGGCUUAGUCUGUUGAUUUAAUCACUAAUUAGAAAUGGCAUUGUCUUGUUUUGUAUUUAUUAGAUUUUUGGAACCUUUUUACAGUUAGAUCUGUCUAUAAAGCUACCCAAGGGAGACAACCCAAGGGAGAUUACUCAAUGGAGACUUCCCAAGGGAGACUAUCCAAGGGAAGCUACUCAAGUGAAUUAAUACAUAGUUAUUAGUAAUUUUAUCUAAAGAAUCUGUAACUGCUUGUGUGGACAAAUCAGGUACUACAAGUGAAAAAAUCACUUUAUAUGGUAUAAAUUUACAUAUUCUUAAGAUAAGAAAAAAAUGAACUAAAUUAUACUAUUUAUCUUUGAAAGUUUCUUUAAAAUGGCUUGUUAAUUUUAAACACAUUGGGCUAUGAUUCUUGUUCAUGUUCAGCUGAUAAAUGGCAGAAAUUUUAACAGUUAGGUUGUGAUACCCUAGGCACUCUCAGGACCUCAAACACAUUUUUAUGUUAUGAUUUUACAGAAAGAUAUCAAAUCCUCCUUAAAGUACUGAUUUGUUUCCAUGCCCAUAGAAUUUUUUUGUCUUACAUUUUACUUUGCACCUUAGCUUGGCAGCAAGUGUGUGGAGGAGGAAAAAUAAUUUUAAUCUGAAAAA